AUGUCCACUACUUUACCGUUUCAGACAUGUUUGUUGCAGGCUGAUGGCACCUCUGUUCGCCCUCUGGACACUAUCGAAACCUUUUUCAAGCUUCUAGCUGAUGGUGGUGCCCCCAUCAACCGCGAGCACUGGGCCAUCACCAUUGCCUUGCGUCUGAAGAUCCCAGAAUCUGUCAAGGAGGUUGCGUCGGUUCUGAGACGAACCUGGUUAAUCCUUGUCCGACUUCAUCCGAACCUCGUUGGAACAGCUCGUAUAUCCGGUGCGGAAGAUCCGCCCGGCCAGAUCUUGUCUGUUGGACCAUUGAAUGAAGACAAAUGGCUGGCACAAUCCUUUUUCCACCACGAGAUCAUCCCAGACUCAACAACCUUGUUCGCCUCGCUUCGCCCCAGUCCGACAGCGGCGUGUCAUUGGAUUCCUACUUCUCAAGAGCUCUGCAUCUCCUCCUCUCACUGGCGGAUCGAUGGCAUCGGGAUGCUCAUGCUAGCCAACAGCUUCAUGAAGAGCCUUGCCGAAAUACUCCGGCAUGAUCGAAACGAUCCUACCAUCCAGGGACCCUUGACGCCAAGCCUCGACACCAUCGUUGGCUCUUACUUAGACGAAGAGACCACACCCAUGUAUCUACGCUCCACUGCCAAUGCCCUGGUCGCGGAAUUUGUUAAAGGCGUGCCGAGCAUUGGCUUGCCCACCAUCCCAGGGUCCUUGACCGCUGCUCCCGGGCCAACCGAACGACAAUCCUGCAGUUUCGAUGCUACUAUCACCAAGGCUAUUAUUGCCGCUUGCAAGAAGCGUCAUCUCAGCGUCCCCAGCGCUGUUCAUGCUGCUUUAGUGCGGGUCACAGCGACCUAUCCACAACAUCCACUUGCUAAAAGCUAUGCCGCCUUUUUCCCAACUGAUCUACGUCCAUACCUUCCUUCACCUUAUAAUGGAGAAUCUUUUGCGGUUGGAAUGUUCUGUAGUGGUCUACCAGUCACCGUUCCAGACGUUUUGGGCCUGUCCUUUGACGCUAUCACGACGAUUCUCAACAAUGUUUACAGAAGAGACUUGACGCGGAUGUGCACUGAUGACGAGGGAAAUCCACAAAGCAUGUUAGACCUCAUGGCGCCUUAUGUCAGACGGACAACCAAACUCUUCAACACUCCCCCUCCUCCGAAGCUACCUCCGGUCGAGAACCCAGACUUGAGCAGUUUUGGCAAGAUCGAGCAGUAUCUGCAGCAUGAGUAUGCCUUUGGUCAAGGCGGUGAAGAUAAGGUAGAGGUGGAUGGAUUUUGGAUCGGCACAGAGACACUUGCCCGAUCGCUGCAGUGCCAUGUGUGGGCUUUUAAGGAUCAGUUGACCAUCCAAGGGUGCUUCAACACUAGCUUUUACGGUCGAGAGUUUGUUUGUGAGGUACUUGAAAAGGUGAAAGUAGAGUUGGUUGAGGGUCUUGGGGUCUAG